AUGGAUACCAAAGCCGAGUCUGCCAAUUCCGAGAAGAAUCCUCCAGUCAAAGAUGGGCAUCAAGACCCAAAGCCCCUGGAAGCCGACUCCAAAUGUUGGCGAGAGCUGGAAGUUAAGAACAUGUUGCUCUCCGGGGACGAAAAUUCGAUCAGUCGACUCCGUGACUUCCACCUUUAUAAUGACGCUUACGCCCAAAGGGAGGGACUUGAACCUUUCUCCUCUCAGAAGGAAAGACCUGUAUUCCCGCAGAGCUGGGAUUGGUGUCUGUCUCAGUCACUUCUUGAUGGGCCGGAGGCUACGGCUACCAAGCUUGCAAAACAAAGUUUCCGCAGAUUCUCCCAAGUUACUUUCGAAGAGUUCGUUCGAAGGGCAGAUGCACUUCCCUCGCAAGGAAUUGACGAUUUCCUUCGGGAAUACGAGUUCCUCAAAGUGCAGGUCUACAGCACAUUUACUCGAAACCUUCAGUAUCUCGAGCUUUUGGAUCAAUUGAAAAGAAGUUUGAAUAAGAUAGAUGCGGAUCCCUUUUGGAUCAUCGACCCAUUGCAGCGACUCCUCCAAAGCCCCGACACCGCUCGAAAUAUAUUACAACAACUACAGAUAUUAGAGAGUCGGUUCUACAAGCUCUACAGGUCCCCCGAAGUCACUUGGGGGUCAUUCAAUACCGACACAUCAUUCUUUGGACAAAUUCAAUGGAUUGAUGUGUUCGAAUUUGCCAACGCUUUGUCGAGGAAAGAUCAAUAUUUCUUUUCGCAGUACGUUGUGGACGCUCUCGAUGCAAAAGAUGAUCAUGCUCGGCGAAUACUCAACACACGAUGGAACGACCUCAGCAUUGCAGUUGAAGAGUGUAUGGUUGCUAAGGUUGAUGAUGUUUCUCAAAAACUUGAUCAUUUGGCCGAGGAGCUCUAUCGUAUUCGCAACUAUUAUUCUCUAACGGCCAUCAUCCAAGGGAUCAAAGCAAGCGGCUUUAAGACAAAAGCCGUGGGAGACUUUGGCUACCUCGUCGAUUCAAAGAAUAAUUAUGAGAUGUAUCGGUGGCGAGCAAGGACCAGACCCGGAAUGGAUUUCCUCUUUCCUGCACUCAGUACCACAGCCCGUGGAAAUUUCGAGCUGGCGGCUAAGGUUAUUGAUCGGCAUGCAACUUACAAAGUUGAAAACUGGCAACACCAUUGGUUCUUUUAUCCAUUUACUGCUUGCUUUGGACGUUGA